CUAACGGUGUGAGUGUGGAAGGUCUUUUAAUCCCCGUUUACACCUCAGUGACAACUUAAACGUUUCGUUUGUGGGAGGUUUUUACCGGGAAUAGCGGCGGAGUUUCAUCACGAGUCGCACCAGUUCCAUGUUUGGAAAAUGAAGUAUGCUCUUGAAGAAACAUCAGUCAGCUUUCUGCUUGACGCUUCUCUGAUGUACAGAGAAACAUGUCCGGGGAUUUCACGGUACUACAUGCAGUCCUUUGUGAAGUCUAACGCACCACGGAAGCGGAAAUUCUCCAGUCUGUUGCAGAACACCAUGGUGUGUCCAAACUGUUGUCAGUGGCUGCAGCCUGACAAUCACCAGAUGAGGCUGCGGCCCAAGCAGCGUCCAUCCGCGCGGUUGCAGAGCAUCCUGCGCAAGAAGGCCAGGGGCAAACGGCUGAGCCUGAUGCAGAAAAAUCUGCUGCACCGCUUCCAAAAGUCGUCCUCAGUACUGAUGGCCACCUGCCACACUUGCAAUACAACAUCCAGACACAAAGGAAUGAACAGGGAGUUCAUAACUAGCCUCGCUAAGACCCACAGCACACCGGGGAGCGGCGGCAAACACAAGACCCCACAGUCUACCAGCAAAGCCAACAUGACUACCCCCAAGACUCCCGGAAAAGACAAGACUCCCGUUCAUACACCUAGGUCUUCCUCCUCCUCUAACACUUCGGGGUCAGGCUCAUCUUCCUCCAAGCCUCCCUCUAAACCUAAAAAUUGGGUUGUCCAGCGUCUCAGCAAGAUACUCAUGCGAGAGGACACCCAAGGCAGCAAGAAGCGGGGCUUGAAAGAUUUUCUUUCCUCACUUUGAGUAUUUCCUAAAUGCACAUUGUCUUUAAUGUAUACUCUUAAAAAACAAGGGGUUAGACCCAUGUUGUGACCUGUUUACACAAAGGCUAGGGGGGAACUUAAGAAAGUGACUUUGGUUUCCGAGCCAGUGUGGGAAGGGUUACAGUUUGCCCACCAACACAACUAUUGCUGGGCUGUUUGGAAUGGCACUCCUGGUAUCCUAAAUGCAACAACUGGGAGCACUGGGGUGGCUAUUUGAACUGUUAAUCGGGGUUACUGCAUCUUCUGCUGAGCCAGUCAGAGGAGAAUGCUUCUUUUGUGUAAUUUAGCACAUGCCUCUUAUAAUCUCCUAAACUGGGGAUGCCGUUUUAAGUGGAAUGUUUAAGGAAUUAUUCAAUAUUUAUCAAAUGUUGGAAACAUCGCAGGAAACCCCAACUUUGUUCUGCGGUGUCAUUUGUGGCAUGACAAGCUGGUUUGCAUGCCGAUAUCCGUCUCCAUUUUGGAUAUUUUUUUCUUAGGUUUCAAUUAUACCUUUAUAUAAUAAAUAUAAAAUUAUUUCCGAUCCAUUCUUAACGUUAAAACUUUUGUAUUUGCUCACAUUAUUUUUUUGGCCCUCUCCAGUGGGGAGAUGUGUGAAUUCGUUUGUUAUGGCAUUGGCUAAACAUGACAGAUUGACAAAUAUAUGUAUGUUGUUGCCACUGUUGCAUUUUUGUAGAUGCAUACAAAUGAUUUUGAAACUGUGCAUCGUCACCAGUGAAGAUAUUUGUAUUUAUUAUCUACAAUGGGACUCACCAGUUGCUGUUUACAUUGAAUAGGCACAUCUGCCUAAAACCUUAUUGACAAUCAAUGUUGUCAAGACUUUACAUUUUAUUGUAAUAUUUUCUUUGGCAAUAUGUUUUUGUAUGGUUAAUAAUUUCAUCUUUUUGUUAAGAGCAGAAAUUUAAAUGUAUCUACUGCAUUUUGUACUGCCUGAUUACGUACCUUUUCAUUAGCUAUUAAGUGUAUAGUAUGUGUUAAAAUCCGGAAAUACCUCACAUUUGUAUUUCUCCUACAUUGUGAUUCUCUGAAAUAAAACCAUUGCAGUCUGUGAAA